AUGGCACCCUUCAGACUUCGAGACCUCCCUGGAGAACUGCGGAACAAUAUAUACAGCAAAACCCCACUCUCUGACAAGAUGACCUUGCUGAGGACCUCCCGCUCCAUCAAUAGCGAAGUUUCCCCGUUCUUCUACGAAGAAGCCACCUACCGAAUUUUCGUCAACGUCCAUCAUCCUUCUUUAUACACAAAGCACCCUAUAACUAGACCACCUCUUCAGCACAUAAAAGAGAAGAUCCAGAAUCUCGACGUCUAUUGGGCACUCUUCGAGCCCGAAAAACGAAAGGAAGGCGACAUUGAGGCGCUCAGCUGGGACCCGCUCAUUAGUCGAGGACUGUGCCGUGUCUUCUUUGGAUGGUGCCCAGGUGUGCCCUGGUUGCCUGUACCCUUUAGAGACAGCGACUUUGAACCAUUGAAGACUCUUGCUGGUUUUGAGACCGUGGAGAUCCGAGUUGGACUGAAGGCUUUGGGGCGGCCGCACAAUCACCAUGCACCAAAGACGAAUACAGGCAACACAUGCACAGAUUCGGAUACCUCGUGUCCCAUGAUGUUGCCUAUGUACGACGUAUUGCGGAAUGGACUGGAGUCGGCGUUUGGAGUUGCAGAGCUGAGACAGAACCCGCCGGAUCAUUACCUGAGAUUCGAGCCAGGCAAACAUUUAGCGGACGCUGUCGUCAAGUCCUAA